CGCGCCAUCCCAAACAAAGACGUCACGCGCACAUGGUACCCACAAUGCAUUUCGGCGAGAUAAGGAGAAAACGUUUAUUCGCCAUGUUUUUUUGUUUUUGUGGAGAUGCGGAAUUGUGAAUAGGAACCUCCAUCCGCUUUCAUCCUUUCUUAGACGGAGGUAUUUGUAAAUAUUGUAUAAUGCAAAGACCAAAUAACGGUGGUGGUGGUGGACCUGGAAGUGGUUUAUGGAAUGUCCAAGAUAUAAAUAUGGGGUCUGCUUCAAAGCCUUUCGUUGGACAGAGUUACAGAUAUGUGAAUCCUAACCAACCACCACCACACUAUAAAACUGGUUGGGGUCAGUCAGACCAAGAAGCAAUGGCACAACAACAUGCUGUCUGGCAAAAUGAUAAUAACUCCAGUCAAAACACUUCAGACCAAAGCAGGUCUUUCCUUGGCACAGAGCAAUGGGGUAGAGAAUCUGGUGGACCGACUUGGGGCACGAACACAACAGCAGCUACAGAGCAAAACACAGUAACAUCUGCACGUCCGCCAGAACAGGGAGUUUUUACACGACACAAUGUUUCCGAUUCUUGGUUGUCUAGUCGAAAAUCACCUGUAUACCAAAGCAUGCCUGUUGAAGCAGCUGGGCAGGAGGAAAAAACCCUUGAAGCUGAAGAAAGUAGUCAAUCGCCCGUUGAAGGUGUACAUGACCGCUCGGAUAAAGAAAAUUCAGGACCUAGUCGAGAUAACUCUCCUGAUGAGGGCGCUAAAGAAUUCAAAGAUAAAUCAAGAUCGCCUUCGCCAAAAGAUGAGAUUGAAAAUGAGACUGAGGAAAACACAGAAGCUGCAGCGGAUGCCCCGGACGAACCUUCCGCAGUUACCCCUGAUGAUGCUGAAGGUGUUUCCCCAGAAGCAAGUAGCUUUCAGGGGGAAACACCGUCCGUAAGCGCUGAAGAAGUCACUGAUCAAAUGCAGCAGAUGAGUUUAGUGGAUUCUUACAUGGCAGCUCAACAGCAGCAACAACAGACGAUAGCUGCACAUUUAAGUGGGUACCAGCUUGCCAUGCAGCAACAAUAUGCAUUGGCUACUCCAGGAAUGUUUCUACCCAGCUCCUACAUUAUACCAGCACAAGCUAAUGCUCAAGCAGGUUAUACAGACCCAAACACACAAAGCCAGGUGCCUCUCAUGGCCCCAUACAAUCCAUAUGCUGGCUGGCCAACUGCGGGAAUGUAUCCUACCAUGCUCCAACAGCAAGUGGCAGCCAUGACUGCAGCUCAAGGAAGUGCACCAGCUACUAGCCACCCAAACAGAGCACUGUCCGAAACACCCCAGUCUCGUCCUUUAAGUCCAUCCUCCAUACCACAACAAGAUGGACCUCCUGCUCAAUCAGAAAUCCUCGCUAACAUGGCUGCAAUGCAACAGAGUAAUUUAAACCAAGCAAUGGCAAUGGCAGCUGCCUACCCCAUGAUCCCAUCUGCCUACUACGACCAAACUGGAGCAUUGAUAAUUAACAACAGUAGAACUGGUGGUCCUGUCCGUCUAUUUGCACCAGGCCCUAUGUUUAUGAAUGGAUCGCAACACCCAUUAAUGGCACCUCCAAUUGCUGGGGCCAAUGGUUCAAUGUUCAGAUACAACCAAGCUUCGCAACAGCAAGCAGCAACGGCUGUGUAUGCCAACCAACAAAAUCUAAGUGGCGGAAGCACCCCUUUACCUUCAAUCAGUCAAGGUUAUAACCCUAACAUUCAACAAAGUGGUCCCUUCGGCAGCACAAGCAACAUCAGUAGUCUAGGAAUUGGAGCUCUUGGUGCUGGCAUUGGCAGUGCCAGUUCCACACCUCAGCGUAGAGAUUCAUUCUCUGAUUACCCAAAGCAAUAUGGCGGCGUGUCUCAGUUCUACAGCUCACUUGGUGUAUCACCUGGCAGCGGAGGUGUGGGUGCAAUGUCCCCCUCCCCUGGCCCACUAAGCAACAUGAUGGGCCAUAGUCACCACAACCUAAACACACCACCACCUUCAAUGUCAUCACCAUCAGGCAACCUCUUGCUGGGUGGUAAUGGGAAUCGGAUGUUCUCUGCUGCUCCUGGUGCAGAAGCAAAGUACAGAAAUGGUCCUCCAAUGUCCCAGAGCAUCUUUGGCAGCUCUGGAAGUUCCUUGUUUCCUCCCACUCGCAUCCAACCUCCCAACAGCAAGGUCCUCCUCCCACCAACAGGAAGGAGCAAGCUUCUGGAUGACUUUCGGAACAAUCGUCUCACUAACCCCCAUCUUCAUGAACUUGUAGGACACAUUGUUGAGUUCUCACAAGACCAACAUGGAUCAAGGUUCAUCCAGCAGAAGUUAGAACGUGCCACCCCACAAGAAAAGCAGCUUGUAUUUAAUGAAAUAAUCGGAGCAGCUUAUCAGUUGAUGACUGAUGUAUUUGGAAACUAUGUCAUACAGAAGUUCUUUGAGUUUGGUUCCCUGGAGCAUAAACUUGCACUUGCAAACUGCAUUCAUGGUCAUGUCCUUCCUCUUGCUUUGCAAAUGUAUGGAUGCCGUGUAAUACAAAAGGCAUUGGAAUGUAUACCACAAGAACAACAGGUGGAAAUAGUGAAGGAGUUAGACGGACACUUGCUCAAAUGUGUGAAAGAUCAGAAUGGUAAUCAUGUUGUACAGAAAUGCAUUGAAUGUGUUCCUCCUGCCCAACUACAGUUUAUAGUAGAUGGUUUCAAAGGCCAGGUUGUUGGUUUGUCUUCUCAUCCAUACGGUUGCCGUGUCAUGCAAAGAAUAUUGGAGCAUUGUAAUGAAGACCAGACAGGACCUAUACUUGAAGAACUUCACCAGCACUCUGAGAUGUUAGUGAAGGACCAGUAUGGGAACUAUGUGAUACAGCAUAUACUGGAGCAUGGUCGUACUGAAAAUAAGAACCAGAUCAUCAAUGAAUUGAGAGGAAGAAUACUAACUUUGAGCCAACAUAAGUUUGCAAGCAAUGUGAUUGAGAAAUGUGUAAGUCACUCCUCACCGCAGACACGAGCGUGGUUGAUUGAUGAAGUUUGCCAAGAACCCGAUGCUUUGUUUAUAAUGAUGAAGGAUCAAUACGCUAACUAUGUCGUGCAGAAAAUGUUGGAUGUAGCUGACCCACAACAGAAGAAGUUAUUGAUCCACAAGAUCCGACCCCACAUUCUUACUCUGCGCAAGUUCACUUACGGCAAGCAUAUCAUCACCAAACUGGAGAAGUUUUUCCUGAGAUCCUCCGGCAAUUCACCUGGACCAUCCCUCAACACAGGCCCUGCAGCAGAAAUCUCUCAAUCUCAAAUUGCGACUUCUAAUUGGGUCCACAACGCUGGUAGCGAGUAAGAAAAUGAUCGAGAAAAACGUAUUCUCGGAACUUUUGUUAAUUCAUUGUGAAUUUUUUCCUGUAUUUUUACAUGCGGAGUUUUCACUUUGCUUCUAUGUUUUACCCUCUUUUGUAUGUACCAGACAGCGACUUAAUUUUAAACAAGUUGAAAAACCAGCCCUUGAAUUUAAGAUACCACCACCUUUAUAAACUGGAUAUAUGUAUAUACAGGCUGUGGCAGUUGUAAUGGAAACGAGAAUGGUCGGGCUUUUAAUACGAAGCGUGCCUUCACCUAGGUGGAGUUCUGUAUAUAGAAGAAUGUAUAAAGAAUGCUUUAUAUGGAUAUAAUUACAUAGCAUGUAAAAUAAAUAACUAUUUUUCUAGGAUGUACAAAUGCACUAUAUACUAAGCCAAACAAAAGUUCAGUUUAUUUCAGAUUUGUAAAGUCUCCCACUUUCCCAAAUCACACAAUAUGAUGGUACAUUCAAUGUUGUUUUAUUGUCUGCUGGUUUGACAUAACCGUUACUGCAUUGUACUUACUAACCAAUGUAUAUUACCAAGGAGUAAACUUUCCUUGGCGUAAUUUCUUUACAUAACAGUACAGGUUUUUCUUGGUGUAUAAAUUGUAUUAAAGCAAAGGAUAUUUUUGGCUGGUUUUUCUACUUAUUUGUUGCAAACUUUAUAUUUUUAAGUUGUAUAAACAUAGUUUUUACGGCUCUUGCCGGUGUAUAAAUGUGGAUUUUAACUCCAAACCAUAACCCAAUGGCCUUGACGUGGUUGUAUAAAUGUACAUUAUAUGUUCAUACUGGAUUUGACUUUUUAGAAACUGUGACCUCUGCUCUAUUGUACAGCUACAUUCCUUCUAAUGAUAAUCAUUGAAUAAUUUCAUUUUAACUUUGUUGUUAUCGAGGGGUUAAUAUUUUAACAUGCAUUUAUUAUAUUACGAUAAUUGUUUCUGUUUGCCCCGUCCAUGUAUUGUAAAUACAAAUAUCCCUUUAUUUUUCCUUACCACAUACUGCCCAUUUAUUUUCAUAGUACCCCCGUUAAUGGAUUGGAGGGACAAUUGUUGUCCUGUUUGAAGCCUUGUGUUUUAUUGCAUGCGAGUUAAAAACUUUCAAAUGGUUUUGUUUCCAUAUUUCAUUGCCGUUUUGUUUACGAGACACUGGAAAAUAUUGGUGAAACAUUUCUUGCAAAGUUUAAUGUUAAAAAUAUCGGUUUUGAACAAUUGUAGUGCAUUUUAAAGACUUGGAACUUGUAUAUACUGUAAUAUAUGUACCAUAAUAAAUUUGUAUCACCGCGGUUGUAUUCAUAUUAAAACUACGGUUCAAUUAAACAAUUGGUUUUACCAUU